AUGUACUGUCAAAGUUUUCACCCGCCGAAGGAUGGCGACCACCCUGAUGGUGCUCAGAGUGAGGCCAUCGAACCACGCCACAGUACUUUAAGUACUGGGAUGUCGGCGAACAUUUUCGUCGUCGCCAUGCCCUCCUCCUCAGUCCUCGCGCCUUUGGCAUACAACGCCAGCGUGGAUGCGUUGUAUCGCGCUUACACGUGGCAGUUAUGGUGCCUUGGUGUCGUUGGAUUUUUCUACGCCCUCGUCCAGUAUUUGCUUGCUGUCCCCAGUGAUUUGCGGCACCUACCAAAAGUCUCUCCCUAUGCGACGAUUUGGAGUUAUGCGAUGCGAGAGUCCGUCGACCGCAGGGUGAAACGGCUCAUUCUCCCAUUUGCCGAAAGAGGCGAAGGAGCCGUCUUGGUGUACAUGUUGGGCAAGUGGGGCGUACACGUCUUGGAUGCUAGUCUCGUCAAGACUGUCUGCCACAACAUAGACCGAUUCCCGAAGAAAAACUAUCAGGAACACCUGCACUUCACCUUCCUCAGUGGUCCAAACGUCGUCUUCUCCAAUGGAGAAAUGUGGAAACGACAUUCUGCCUCCGUAAAGGCUGCAUUCGACCGCGAGAUUCCUGUUCACCAUUUCGUCACCCUCUCGGAUGAACUCUUUCGACGGAUUGGCAAAGGCGGAGUCUACCGCUUCAGCGAGCUCGUCCAGCGCUAUACACUGGACGUUGCUGGGACGGCACUUCUUGGCUACAACUUCCGUGCUAUGCAAACGCAAGAGGAUUCAUUCGUCGACCACUUCAACCGCGUCAUGUCCAAGAUCGCAGUUCCAAUUCGCCUCAUCCUGCCUUUCCUUGAUGACUGGUUCCCAAGGCACGAAGUCAUUCGGGAUGUGCAAGCUCUGAAUUCCAGAUACGGGGCUUUGCUAGAGUCCAAGAAACAGGACCUCGGACUCGAUCUACUGACCUACCUCCUCGAAGAUUCAACUAUGUCGACCGAGGAGCUGAUCUCGAACUUCUCCAUCCUCUUCUCUGCUGGCCAUGACACGACCUCAGGAGCGCUCUCAACAGCGGUCUAUCACCUCGCGCAGCACCCAGAAUACCAAUCAAAGGCACGCGAAGAAGUCCUCGCUGUCCUCGCAGGCCGCGACGAACCCACCUACGAGGACCUCGGUCGCCUCCCCUUCCUCAACGCCUGUAUCAAAGAAGCUCUGCGGAUCAACAGCCCUAUCUCCCUCCUCCCCGCCCGCAUAACCACCGAAUACGUGAUCCUCGGAAAGUAUUCGAUCCCCGCUGGGGUGUCUCUGGUGCCGAACGUCUGCGCCGUCCACCACACGCAGAGGAACUGGACGGAGCCGUCUCGCUUCGACCCCUACCGCUUCAUCGACAAGAGUACACGGGCGAUUGCGAACAUUCCGUUUGGGACGGGUCCUCGACAGUGCGUGGCGCGUCAGUUCUCCUUAUAUGAGCAACGAACACUACUGUGCAUGUUGUUGCGCCAAUACGAAUGGCAUCUCCCAGCAGGAAGCCCACACGCAGACUACGUCAAGAACGAGUUUGGAGCGUUUGGGUUGAGCAUCCCUCAUGACCUCGAUAUCGAGUUUACUAAACGAUUAUAA